CCGCGUGUUUAUGUGAGCGCGCGACAGUUGACCCUUGACACGGAAUUUUAAAAUGUCCGGAAGCUCGUCUGGUCAAGAUACAUAAGUGUUGUGUCGCCAUGGCGCGUCUGUUGUCGCUGAAGAAACUGCUGUUGGUGUACUUUGUCAUGUCCACUGGUGCUCUACUCUGGCUGAUCCUCAACUUCGGUUUGUUCUGCCACACAAGCAGUAAAGAAGAAGAAACACUUCUUACAAAGACAAGAGAACUAAGACACUGGGAGGAGCGUCUCAGAAGAAGGGAAAGAGACUUACAGAAGAAACCCCAGCAAGAUGCCAGCCUGCCUACCAUCUAUGCCAUCAUGCCCACCCACACCAGGCAUGUACAGAAGGCAGAACUCACGCGUCUGGCACAAACCUUCCUGCACGUCAAGAACUUCCACUGGAUCCUGGUGGAGGAUUCGCACAGUCGGACAGACCUGGUGACCAGCUUCCUAGCGUCGUGCGGGAUCAAAUACACCCACCUGAACAUUAAAACUCCGGAGGAUUACCAGCUGAAGGAGACGGACCCCAACUGGCUAAAGCCUCGUGGUGUGGAGCAGAGGAACGUGGGACUGCAGUGGCUGAGAGAACAUCUGGACGAGGACAGUGAUAAGGGCGUGGUUUAUUUUGCUGACGAUGACAACACUUACAGCUUACAACUGUUUGACGAGAUGCGGCAAACACGCGGUGUGUCUGUGUGGCCCGUGGGGUUGGUGGGGGGGAUGAGGUUCGAGCGACCCGUGGUGGAACAUGGCAGGGUUGUCAGAUGGUACACAUACUGGCGACCAGAGAGGCCCUUCGCUAUCGACAUGGCAGGAUUUGCUGUCAACCUGCAGCUGAUCCUGGAGAACCCACAGGCAAAGUUUGAGCUGCGUGUGCGGCGAGGUUACUUGGAGUCGUCUCUCUUGGAGCAUCUGAUCACCAUGGAUGAACUUGAACCAUUGGCAGACAACUGUACCAAGGUCUUAGUCUGGCACACAAGGACAGAGAAACCAAAGAUGAAGCAGGAAAAUCAACUCAUUCAGCUUGGGCGACCUUCAGACCCUAGGAUAGAAGUGUAGUUAGCACACAAGACUUACCUUGUUAUCAAUGGUUAAGUAUUUUUACCUUACCUAAGUUCAGUGUCACAUCAAGGGCUACAAAGCCAUUUUUCUAUACAUGUAUUUUGUUUUACCGUAUGGUAGUCAAUAGGUACACCUUAUGUUCUGUGUAACACAAUCAGGCAUCUAACUCCAAGUGUUCUGUAAAACUACUUAAUGAACAAGCCCCUGGUGAUAUAUAUAUAUAUAAGAAGUUUACUUCUGUGUAACACAACCAGACACCUGUAUAUAUAACUCCAAGUGUUCUUUAGAAGCCUCUGAUGAUAAGAGGUUCACGUGUACAACCGAUACUUUCUUAGAUAGUUCCAGUAACUGCUUCAAUGU